AUGGAAGAUGGGUCAGAAAGUAUCACAGGAAACUAAUCAAGAGGCUAAGGCUGACAUCCUGAUUUUGUGUGAUGUAUUUAGCCAAGGAAUUGUUUUUGCAUCGCAGAAACUGAAAGAGUAUCUUGGGUUUGAAGAUCCACAGAGCAAGUUCCAUCCAGCCACAGAUACUUUAAAGGAGAUUUUCCUGAUCAAUUUCAUCGGGUUUUGUGUUGAGAAGGGAGUGGAAGAGCGCAUCACAACCAGCAAGAUGACCGACCAACAGUCCUUGCUUUUUGGCGUUGACUGGGUCUGGACCUUGGCUGGAGCAGACAAGCAAAUAAAGCUUCAGAUCGCCGUGCAGGCUCUACAGUUGACUGACCUCCCCCAUGACACUUGUCUGCCGGAGAUAAAUGGCAGCAUUGGAAAAGCAAUGUCGGCUGAUGACCUUUCCCAAGACAAGAGCAGAUUUGAGAAGCUGGAACAAUUCUGCACGUUGGUGGGACAGGAUUGCCUUGGCUUGUUCAUAAUGUUUGGGGUUCCUGGAAAGCCCAAAGAUAUCAGAGGGGUUGUUCUGGAGAGCCUCAAAAAGGAGAAACCGAAAAGCCUGUCUGGCGAGAGUGCUCUAAGGCAAUUUGUCCUGAACACAGACAAUUUCCUCCCUACUAGAGACAUGCUGGAGCAAUGCCUCUCUAAGAAAAAUGGACUGAGGGAGGUAGGUAAGGUUUACAUUAACUUUCUUUAACUACUGAUUGCUGCUUAAUGGUGGAAGGAUCUCUCUUGCAAAGACCAGCACCCAGCUCAAUGCUUCCAGCUUGCUCAGAAAA